GGGAUUUAAACCGUGUGGCGUCAUCGUCACGAAAUUCAAAAAUUUAGAAAGGGACGAGAGCGAAGGGCCAGUAUUGCUCCAGAGUAUUCCACUGUUUCUUUAAGAGGUCGUGUGAAAACCUGGCAAAAAUGGCGCAGUUUGGGUUUGAGAACGACAUCCACAGUAUUUUGAAGCUGGAUAUGCCCAUCACAAACGCUCCCAUGGCGAGGUGGCAGCGAAAGGCCAGCUCAUCAAACGCAUCCGCCUCGAGCGGGUUGUCGCCUGGCAAAUCUGCCAAUGUGUCGCUCAGCUCAUCAAAAACACCGAGCAAAACACCAGGCAAAAACAAAAAACAAACACCCUCUAAGAUGGGGGGCGACCGCUUCAUUCCCACCAGAAACAGCAAACAAAUGGAUGUGGCAAGUUUCCUGCUCUCAAAGGAGAAUGAGCCUGUGGACACAAACAAUUCAACAGGAACAAUAGAAAGCCAAAAAGCCUGGUCCAUGUCACUAAAUGGAUACAACAUUGAAGAUGCAAAGAUCCUGCACCUCGGAGGGAAACCACUGAAUGCUCCAGAAGGCUAUCAAAACAACUUGAAAGUCCUCUACAGUCAGGGCGCAACUCCUGCCUCUGUCAAAAAGACAAGAUACAUAUCUUCUACUCCUGACAGAAUCUUGGAUGCUCCUGAGCUUAGGAAUGAUUUCUAUUUGAAUCUGCUUGACUGGAGCAGUCGAAAUGUUCUCGCUGUGGCGCUCCAUAACAGUGUUUACCUGCUGGAUGCCUCCCAGGGAGACGUCACUCUUCUAAUGAAGUUGGAUCGCGAGGAGGACUACAUCUGCUCAUUGUCCUGGAGCACAGAUGGAAGCUACCUAGCUAUCGGAACAAGCGACUGCAAAAUUCAUCUGUGGGAUGUUUACAACCAGAAGCGUCUACGCAGCAUGGCCAGCCAUACGUCUAGAGUUGUUAGCCUGAGCUGGAACGACCAUGUUCUCUCCAGGUACAGUUGUUUCUUCUUUUCUGAUAAAACAGACAAAAAAUGUGAAUUUUUGGUAUUUUUUGGAAUCAAAUGUAUUGUUUCUCCCCCUUCUAGCGGCUCGAGAUCAGGACACAUUCACCAUCAUGAUGUGAGGGUUGAAGACCACCACCUCUUCACACUCACUGGUCACUCACAGGAGGUUUGUGGGCUGCAGUGGUCCCCUGAUGGGCGAUACCUAGCCAGUGGAGGCAAUGACAACAUGGUGUAUGUAUGGCCCCGUGUGCAGGAGGGCACAGCCGGCCAGUCGAUCCACUCCUGGAGUGAACAUCAAGGCGCUGUUAAGGCUUUGGCCUGGUGUCCGUGGCAGCCAAACAUCCUCGCAUCUGGAGGUGGGACCAGUGACCGUCACAUCCGCAUCUGGAAUGUAAACAGUGGCUCCUGCAUCAGUUCACUUGACACUCAGUCCCAGAUCUCGUCACUGGUGUUUGCACCAAACUACAAGGAGCUGGUCUCCGCCCAUGGAUAUGCCCACAACAAUGUCGUCAUCUGGAAGUACCCCGCUCUCACCAGGGUUGCAGAGCUCAAUGGCCACGAGGACCGAGUUCUCAGUUUAAUUCUGAGCCCCGACUGCUCUACUGUCGCGACCGUUGCUGGGGACGAGACUAUCCGACUGUGGAAGAGCUUUGAGAUGGAUCCAGUUAAGAAGUCAAAAGAGAGGCUGGUCAAAUCAACUAGCAGUGUCAUUCAUCAGUCUAUCAGAUAAUUUGCCUUGUCUUGAUUUUGAGGGUUUUUUGCUCUAUGCUUACGUGCAAAUGUUUUAUUUAAUCUACAAUAAAGAUGUCUACCCAGUGUUUUAGCUGUAACUUGAAACUUGCUGCUCCUAUUGGUGCUGUAAAGAAUUUUAGGUCUCAAUUGUUUAUACAGGUCUGCUAAUGUAGUAAAGUACAAGCGUUAAGUGUUGGGAUUUUAAGCAAUGUAUUUAUGAACUUCACUUAGCUUUUAUGUUAUAAUCAGGAUGAUUUGUACACAGUCGACUGGGUUAUAA